CUAUGACAGAUGACAGUUCUGGUUUUAAGUAAAUUUUGCUUCGUUGUGCAUGCUAAAAUUAAUUUUAUCUCCAGAAAUACUCGCAGUAUUUAGUAAUAGAGUAGUGGAAGAUACUCCUGCUUUUUUGGUAUCUGAUCUCAAUAUGGCCAGUUAAUUGAUAGCCAGUUCGCCAUGGACGACACUGCGAGUACAACAACAUCGGUGGAAGAUAAUACUGGCAAUUUGUUGGACAACCCCACCAGGGAUACCCUGGCUGAGGGUCUACUGGGCUUGCUCAAGCCCACUGUCGAUCAACUCGACGAGAGAGUUCGAGCUACUAGAAUAUCGCAAUUAGAAUUAAAACAACAGAUAGAAUCCCUAAACGAGGAGCUUCUAAAGGUCCGGGAGGCGUUGAACAAUCACCCCGACCUUGACCCUUAUGUGAAAAAGCUGAUAGCCUGCAAGCACAAAGUUACUGUUGUCCUCAAUGUACUGCAAGCUUCACAGGAUAGACUGAAUGAGAUAAGACGGAUGGUUGGUGCUGACAAGGGUGUCCAAAAAGCUGUGCUACCUGAGACCCCUCCAGAGCCAGAACAGAGCACAAGCGGGGUAGUGUCUGACCAGGGGAGCAUCAACUGACACCAUGGA